UCCAAAAGCUAGCAUCUCUCUCUUCCGAGAGUGAUUACGCCCCAACCUCGGAAUCACCAUUGAAUUGGAUUUCGUCCUCGGCAAUGAAAGAAAGAAAGCCUCUCUGCAACUCGCUUUCCUCUCUCUAGAGAAAGAAAGCCCUCGACUCUUCCCCGAUUCCUACCCUCCUUUUCUCCCUAGCUGUCACUUCCUAGAGAGAGAAACCCCACCAUGAAAGAAGUAUUUUUGAACUUUUGUCACAGAGACACAGGAAAGGGCUUCACUGCCCAUCUUGAUAAUGCUCUCAGGGAUUCUGGUAUCUCCACCUUCUUCUUGUACACACAACAACACCACCAACAAGAUGGUGAUACUAAUGGCCAAAGAGGAGAGGCCGUAUUACCUGAUGAUAUAAAGAGAGCCAUUGAAGAGUCUCAGGUCUUUAUAAGCAUCUUUUCCUGUAACUAUGCUUCCUCUGUGUCCUGUCUUGAGGAGCUCUCUUGUAUGGUGAGGGUCCUUCAGGUGAAGAAGAAGACCAUUUUCCCUGUGUUUUACGACGUGGACCCUGCAGAUGUUCGCAGGCAAAUGGGGUCUUUCAGGGUGCCUUUCUGGCGGCAUAGAAUUUGGUAUGAUGGGGAGAAGGUGGAGAGGUGGAGAAAUGCUCUCAGAGUUGUUGGAGAGGUUUCAGGUUGGGAUCUGAAGAAUUUCGGAGACGGGAAUGAAGCAAACUUUAUCUCUAAAGUUGUUGAGAGUGUGUUAGCUGAGUUGAAUUACACACCACUCAAUAUUACCGAUCACAUCAUUGGACUAGAUUCUCGGGUUGACGAUGUUAUGAGACUCUUAGAUAUCAAUGCAGAUGACGUCCGAUUGAUUGGGAUCUAUGGAAUGGGUGGGAUUGGUAAGACGACUCUUGCCAAGGCAGUCUACAACAAAUUAUAUUCAAGCUUCAAAGGUAGUUGCUUCCUUCCGGACAUUAGAGAAGCUUCACAACCAUAUACCCGUGAAGGCUCUCAAUCUCUUCAUGGACUUCUUUCCUUGCAAAAGUUACUUCUCCAUGAUAUGUUUAAUGAAGAAAACCCCAACAUAAAUGAUGUUGAUAGAGGUAUUAAUGUUAUCCGGAAUAGGAUUGGGUCCAAGAGAGUUCUUAUGAUAUUGGAUGAUGUUGAUCAUGAGAAACAACUCGAGAAAUUGGUUGGUAAAAGGGAAUGGUACUGUCCUGGAAGUAGGAUUGUCGUCACCACCAGAUAUGAGCAUGUAUUGAAUGUAUAUAAGAUAGACAAGCAUCAUAUCUACGAGCUUAAAGUAUUGGAUCACACUCAAUCCCGUAAACUUUUCAGUAGGUAUGCGUUUGGGAUGGAUGAACCAGUAAGGGAUUACAUGGAGCUAUCAGAGGAUGUGGUAUCCAUUGCUGGUGGGUUGCCCCUAGCUCUUGAAGUUAUGGGAUCAUAUUUAUCUGAUAAGACAACCAUAGAGGAGUGGGAGGAUGCAGUGAGUAAGUUAAGAAAAAUUCCUGAAGAUGAUGUUUUACAGAAGCUGAAGAUAAGCUAUGAUGGCCUGAUUGAAGAGGAGCGGCACAUGUUUCUUGAUAUUGCAUGUUUUCUCAUAGGAAAGGACAAGGAUUAUGCAAUUCACUUUUGGAAAGGUUGCGGCUUUCCUAACUUGAUUGAAAAUCUCUUGCAAAAGUCGCUCAUAAAGGUCGAUGAGAAGAAUAAGUUGCGGAUGCAUGACCAACUUCGUGACAUGGGGAGACGAAUUGUUGAAAUAGAAAAGUUGGAAGAACCUGGUAGGCGUAGUAGGUUGUGGUUUAGAGAUGAUGUCUUUGAUGUGUUGAAGAAUCACAAGGGAACCAAAAAGGUUCGAGGCCUAAUCCUUAACCUACAGGAAAAUGAUGAAACUUCAUGGGAAACUGAAGCAUUUCAACUUAUGACCAAUCUGAAACUACUAAGCAUCAAUGGCACAUUUCUUGAUGGACUUUUCAAAGUUUUUCCAAAAGAACUAAUAUGGCUACAAUGGGAAGGAUGCCCACUUCGGUCCCUCCCAAAUUAUUUAUGCUAUAAAAAUCUUGCCGUUCUUGAUUUGUCAUAUAGCAGCAUCAGGCAUCUAUGGAGGAAGGAAUCUCAAGAUCAGUUGAUUCAAAAGUUGAAGGUUCUUGAUCUUGCAUAUUGCGACUUAUUGAGAACUCCCAACUUUUCUACAUGCCCAAACUUAGAGAAGUUGAACCUUAAAACAUGCAUGGAGCUUGUUGAGGUUCAUGAUUCCAUCAGCCUUCUUGGAAAAUUAGUUUAUCUGAAUUUGAAGAACUGCAAGAACCUGAAGAAAUUGCCUGACAGUGUUUCCGGGUUGCAUUCUCUUCAAAAGCUUAAUCUAUCUUGUUGUAUUCAGCUUGGUGAGCUACCAGAACAGUUGGGCUCCUUGGAGUCUUUAACAGAGCUUCUCCUUGAUAGGACUGCCAUAAAACAACUUCCUGAAUCUAUUGGAAGAUUGAAGAAACUCAGAAGGCUAUGCCUAAUUGCAUGUCGAGAUCUGGAUGAAUUACCCAUUUCAAUAGGUGCUUUGCAAUCUUUACAAGAGCUUUUGGUUGACUGGAGUUCAGUGAGAGAACUGCCAAACUCCAUAGGAUCGCUAAAAAGGCUUCAAAUUUUAAGUGCAAAAUCAUGCAGAUCACUUACUGCAUUGCCUAAAACAAUUGGUGAUCUGGCAUCUCUAGGAGAUCUUUUCUUGGAUUAUACACCCAUUUCUGAACUGCCAAGUUCAUUCUGGAAACUGUCAAAUUUGAAAAGGUUAUGGGUUAGAGGUUGUAAAUCUCUUAGUGGAAUACCUGAUUCUGUUGACAUGCCCAAGAUGUUGGUUAGGCGUUGUUUGGAUAGGACAGAGAUGAUGGGAUUAAAGAUUUUGGUCGAGCAUCAUUUCAAUAGCACAGAAAUGGUAGAAGUGCCUGUUUCUGUCACAGCCUUAAGUCAGCUUGAGGAGCUAAAUCUGAAGGGAAGCAUAUUAUUUGGCAAAUUACCUGAUUCAGUAAAAAAUUUGGGUAAUCUUAGAACUCUUAUCCUUGAUAGAACAAUCAUAAAAGAACUUCCAGAGUCGAUAGGUUCAUUGGUCAACCUUGAGAAGUUGUCUCUGAGUAACUGCAAGGUACUCAGCAGAUUACCAGCUUCAAUGGGAAAGAUGAAGUCUCUUCAUCAUCUAAACAUUGAGGAAACUGCUGUAGCUGAAUUACCAGACGACUUCGGACUGCUUUCGAACUUGGUUGUGUUGAAAAUGGCACAUUGUCCUCACUUCAAAGAGCUCCCCGAAGGUUUUGGAAGUCUUGCAAUGUUGAAGUUUCUCGACAUACAAUACAAUGGUGAAUUGAAAAGGUUUCCAUCUACUUUCCCUGGUCUUUGCUCCUUGCGUGUAUUGAAUGCAGAUCAUUGUAACCUCCAAGGGACGAUUCAGGAUGAGUUUGAAAAGUUAUCCUCAUUGACAACCUUAAAUCUUAGCUAUAACAAAAUCCAUAAGCUGCCCAGUAGCAUGAGUGGCUUUUCUCGGCUUACAACACUGUGUGUCUCUCAUUGUGUGGAGCUGCUUUCCAUCCCUAAGCUUCCCACCAGUUUGGCUUAUCUGGAUGCUAGCAACUGCACAAAAAUGCGAACUAUAUCAGACCUCUCUAACCUUUCGAAGCUAAAAGAAUUGGGUCUCACAAACUGUGAGAGGUUGACUGAGAUACAAGGUCUUGAUAAAUUGAAGUCCUUGACAUACUUGUACUUGAACGGGUGCACUCAUCCAUCAAGGAGUAUAGCAAAGGAAACAUUUGAACAUUUACGUUGCUUUGGUGUUUCUGGAAGCAAUGUUCCAGACUGGUUCAUGUGUCAGUCACUAUCAUACAUGAUAUCUGGGAUGUCAGAUCAUGGUGUUGAAAUCCGAGGAGUGAUAUUGUGUCUUGUUAUUUCUCUAGACAAUGAGAUUCCAACUGAAAUUGAUGAUUGGGGCAUUCCUGAUGUUGAACUUACGAUCACAAGGGAUGGUAUUGAAAGAUUUAGUUCUACACUAAGAUUAGAAAUGCUUCCAAAGGCUCGCCAAGACCAAGUUUAUUUAUUCCACUUUCAAGAGGGUGAUGAUGUUCUGCUUAUGUUAGGAGAUGGGGAUCAAAUAGAAGUGUUAAACAGGUCUCCUCCAGAAUUCCCUUGCGUUCAAAUGAAGAAGGGAGGGAUCCAUCUGGUUUACAAACCAGAAGAUACCCACGAAUCCAUUCAAGAAAAGUUGGCAGAUUUCUUCAAUUCAUUGAAUUGUCAUGACAGCUCAUAGUCCCACAAUUUCAGAAGGUGCUGAUAAAAUUUUAUGGAGCUGCUUAUAAGAGAUAUAUGUAUAUUUUUGUUUCAAUGUCAUUAGUCCAUGCGAACAAAAAGCUCAAAUGAAGAUGCAUGUAUUUUGUUCACGUCUCCUUUAUUUCUCAAUGCCUCCUUUUUUAAACUGAGUUU